AUGGGCGUCGAGGCAGAGUUUGUGCGCCGACAUGCGCAGCACACGGUGUAUACAACGCUAAGGGACGGGCACCUGCUACAGUAUACACAGUCAAAAUCGCUUGCGGAGAGCAUCCCUCGACUUCAUGCCCUCAAAGGGAGAGCUGCGGUCUGUAAACGGGUGGGCAUCCCAGGCCUUGCCAUCCACCUGACUUGCACUGCAUCCAGGAUCUGA